AUGACUGUCCCCACGAUCCAAGAUCGAAGUCGCUUCGAGACAACCAAACGUCUCCUAGCCCAGCUCGUGAACGAGGGGUUCGCAGUUUCCACCCUGAUUCACCAGCAGUUGAUCUUCCACAGUGCCAAUGGGGACAAGGAGUUAUGGAUUAGAGCCCACUGUCGCCCUGACACAUUGAUCCAUACUGAAGGGACUCGGGUCCUUCCACCUUUACGACCGGAAUGCUUGCAACCACCCGUUCUUCUCGGCAAGGGAGACUCGGAAACCGAGGAAUUGGAACCAGGCGCCAUCUUCCGAUUUAUUCUUCCUUGGUUUACACAUAACGCGGAAGAGAGCUUUCUGGAGACAAUGGCGGAUCAGUUGCGGAGCACGGCUGAGAUGCAGGAGAAAUGGUUGGAAAUGAGCAAGGCUCAGCCUUUCCUCUCUCUGCAUUCCCCCAUGAUCGCGUGGGAGCGUUCAAUAGUAUACGGCCAUCAAACCCAUCCAUUGCACCGAUCAUGCUGGGCUAUCCCACCCUUGAAGCCCGUCCUCCCAGAACACAUUCCAGAGAUGGUCGCCCCAUCUCUCUCGUUCGUUUCAAUCCCCCGCAAGGACAUGCGCGUGACGGGUCCAUUCGAGACGACUCUCGAACCGCUCCUCCAGAAGCUAGAGAUCCCCAAGCCAACAGACGAAAAUACCCUGAUCGUCCCCUGCCUGACCCGCCAAGUCCCCGCCAUCCUGCACCACUUCGAGAACGCGACUGUCAUCGCAGAACGAUCCUCCAUCGCCGACGCUCAGGCUUCAAUGCGGACCGUAACCCUUCGCCCGGAACUAGAGUUCAACUACCACCUGAAGCUCGCACUCGCGUGUCAAAUCACCUCUGCGGUUCGAACGGUGACACCCUGGACAACGGGGCAGGGACGCGCCAUAUCGGAUUUACUCGAGAAGACCCUCCCGCCGGAUCUGUGGGUGUUCAAAGAGAUCGCAGCCGUUACGGGGCGUCAGGAGGAUUUCCAUGCCGCGAAGCAUCUAAGCUGUGUGCUCCGGGAGGAUCUCGAGCUCAGAGCCAGGAUGGAAAAUGAGACGCUGGUCGUGGCAGCGGCGCUGAUGGAGCGGCACCCUGAGGAUGGCAAGACGUAUCCGGAGAGGUUACUUGGCCUUGACACCGUCGAGGCGAGGAAGAAGUGGUUUCGGACCUACGUGCACGCGCUAUUUAAAGCUAUGCUCCACCCGCUCGUCCACCACGGCAUCGCCCUCGAAGCGCACGCUCAAAACACUGUCGUCCGUUUCUGCACCGCAACAGGCAAGAUAAAAGGCUUCGCCAUCCGCGACUUCGGCGGCGUGCACUUCCACAGGCCCACGCUGCGAGAGCAGGGCUUCCCCCUCGACUGGGAGAUCCCCGGUAGUCUCACCUUAAGCGAUGACUUGAUCUCUGUAUGGCACCUGGCCAGUCACACGCUGCUCCAGUGCCAUGCGCCUAGUCUUCUGUAUGGGCUGAGGUUGGAGACGCAUGGAGGGUGGGGAGUUGUCAUGGAGGAGUUGGAGAGUGUCUUGCAGGGGUUUGGCGGCGAUGUAGCGAAGGUGUUGUUGGAGUAUUUUUGUGUAAAGACGGUGGUUUUGAAGUCAUUUCUGAGGAUGCUUAUGGCGGGGAUGUAUCGUGAGAAUAUUGAGCUUAGGGUUUCUAAUCCGCUUGUUUUAUCGUCAACGUAG